GGUCCUGGCAAAAGUGGCCAUGAUUGCUGUUGCCGAAGACUUCAUCCAAUGUGACGUCUGACACAAACAAUUUUUGGGAUGUUUGAGGAACAAUAAGAAAGUGUUGCUAUGGUGAUUUCAAUCAGAAUGGCUCCUCUUCUUCCUCUGAUCUUUCUGCUCAUGAUUUAUGGGGUUUCUAGUGCUGAUUGGGGUGUGAGUUACGGUCAUUCAAACAUCUGUGCACUAAAGGACUCAUCAGUGAUAAUGAGUUGCACUUAUACAUACCCUACUGGGCAUCAGAUCAAGAAAGUGUUCUGGACCAAAAGCCCUACAAAAGUGGGUGAAGAACAUCCAGAUCUGUCUGAGGAUCCUGAAUACAGUCAGAGGCUUCAGUAUCUGGGAGAUAAACAGCGGAACUGCAGCAUCAGACUGAGUCAUGUGACACUGAAGGAUUCACGAUUGUACUAUUUAAGAUUCAUCACUGAUAAACCUGAUGGCACAUGGCUUGGUAAACCAGGAGUGUCUCUUACUGUCACAGAUCUUCAGGUGGAGUCUUCUGAGAGAGUGACAGAGGGAGAUUCAGUCCGUCUGACAUGUAAAAGCAGCUGCACUCUGACUGACAGAGCAACAUUCAUCUGGUACAGAAACUCACAGCCAUUAACUGAGAGAAGAGACAGAAACAAUGAACUCCUGCUGCAGUCAGUCAGAAGAGAGGAUGCAGGCAGAUAUAGCUGUGCUCUACAUGGACACACUUACAUCUCCCCUGCUGUUUAUCUCAGUGUCACAUAUCCACCCAGCAAUGUCUCAGUGUCCAUUAGUCCAUCUGGUGAAAUAGUGGAGGGAGAUUCAGUGACUCUGAUCUGCAUCAGUGAUUCAAACCCACCUGCUCUGAACUUCAGCUGGUUUAGAGGAGGAAUGUUUGUAGGAUCUGGAAGAAUCUACAGCAUCUCGAAGAUCAGCUCUGAUCACAGUGGAGAAUACAAGUGCAUGCCCAUCAGUGAACAUGGAGAGAAAUACUCAGAUGCAGUGACUUUAAAUGUCAUGUAUCCUCCCAAGAGCGUCUCUUUGUCCAUAAACAAAUCUGGUGAAAUAGUGGAGGGAGAUUCAGUGACUCUGAUCUGCAGCAGUGAUUCAAACCCACCUGCAGAAAUCAGCUGGUUUAAUGGGGGAACGAUUGUAGGAUCUGGAAGAAUCUACAACAUCUCAAAGAUCAGCUCUGAUCACAGUGAAGAAUACAAGUGCAAGUCCAUCAAUAAACAUGGAGAGAAAUACUCUGAUGCUGUGACUUUAAAUGUCAUGUACCCUCCCAGGAGCGUUUCAGUGUCCAUCAGUCCAUCAGGUGAAAUAGUGGAAGGAGAUUCAGUGACUCUGAUUUGCAUCAGUGAUUCAAACCCACCUGCAAAAAUCAACUGGUUUAAAGGAGAAACGUUUGUAGGAUCUGGAAGAGUCUACAGCAUCUCAAAGAUCAACUCUGAUCACAGUGGAGAAUACAAGUGCAAGUGUAUCAAUAAAUAUGGAGAGAAACGCUCUGAUGCUGUGACUUUAAACGUCUUCUAUCCUCCCAGGAAUGUCUCAGUGUCCGUAAAUGCAUCUGGUGAAAUAGCAGAGGGAGAUUCAGUGUUUCUGAACUGCAGCAGUGAUUCAAACCCAACUGCUCUGAACUACACCUGGUUUAAAGGAGAAAUGUUUGUAGGAUCUGGACGAAUCUACAGCAUCUCAGAGAUCAGCUCUCAUGACAGUGGAGAAUACAAGUGCAAGUCCAUCAAUAAACAUGGAGAGAAAUACUCUGAUACUGUGAAUUUAUGUGUCAUGCCAGUCAGAUGGGUUUUGUGGUUUAAAGCAUUUGGUGUCGGUGUGGCUGUUGGUGGCAUUGUUGUUGGACUUGGAGGAGCGUCAGUUUACAUUUGUCUUAAAACUAUCAACAGAAGAUGUGCUUCGAAGGAGUCUGUGAACUAUGAUGCCAGUGAAGAUGCUGACCUGUGCAGCACAUCUGACGAGCUGUAACCCAUCCUAUAGCCUCCAUAACACCAUUCACUGAAUUGAUCUACAUAUUAUGUUCACAUAUAAAUAUAUAUAUACACCUGUUGUGUGAAAUUUAUAUUUCAUAGUGCAAGACUAUAAUAUACAGUAGUAAUAUACCUGCAGUUGUGAUUUACCGAUGAUGCACAUCAUUGUUGAUGUCAGUAGCAGGUGAUGGUGACAUCUGGUCGUAGUUUGGGUUUGUACAAACAAAAUGAGACUGGUCACUUAAAGGGAAAAUUACAGAAACACUAAAGACAGAAUAACAGAAGCUGAUAAUAUCGAGCACUUUGAGACCAUAAAACGAUACACUGUCCAUUGUGAAGUUGCAUAAUUAUGAUUUUCUUCAGUAUUUCGGGAUAAAAUGAUCAGUUAUUACGAUUUAAAAGCAGUACAAUGCUGUGUAAUGAGAAAGCAGUGAGCUUGUGUCCGACUACAUUUAUUUUUAUACCCAAUAAUGAUUUACCAGCUUUAAUUCUACUGUUACAUAUUGUUCCUGAAACUAUAAAGAAAUAAAACACAUAAAUAACUCA